AUGGGUCGGUCGAGGGGAGCCGGGGAGGAGGACCACGCGCCUAGUGGGGGUUCCAGACCCAACCGCUGCCGCUAUGCCACCACAAGUUGGCAAGACGCCGACACGAUGAGCUUCCCUCUUGUCCGUGAGGACUGGACUGCUGACGAGGAGAUGCUGCUGCUCGAGUUCCUGCGGGCAGCGGACGGCCAGGACGCACCAGAGACCCCACUGGGUCGUGCGGCAGGAGAGCAGCGAGGGGAGCGACAGGUGCAGCUAGGGGCGCUGUGUGAGAAGACGACUCCGCGAUCGAGCGGUGGAUCGCCUUCUCCACGCCGUCCAAUUUCUGGAGAACGCGCUCCAUUGCGGACGUUGCUUGACGCGCUGUUCCGCCUCGACCAUUGCCCCCCCGCCGCCCACGUCGCCCACGGCCACUUGCAUUCGAGCGCGCGGGCGAUUGCGGGCGAGACGGCAUGCGCUGGCGCGGGCGGUCUCGAGAUCGGCCCCCGUGACGAGGAGAGUAGAGCCGCUGGCGCUUUGACGGCCGCGGCGAACGUGCAGACGGGGACCGAUGGCGAGAGGCGUGAGGAGCAGGCGAUCGGUGACGCAUCGAAUCGCGAUCGGGUGAAUGGUGACAACGUGACCGACGGUCUCGAGAUCGGCUCCUCGAUGCCCCGCGACGAGGCGAACGUGGCGAGCGUGGCAAUGGCAGUAACCGUGGAGAUCGAGGCUUGGUGUGACGUUCCACACAACGGCUCUCCCGCCCGCCGCCACGCACCACCGUUGAAUGGCGACGAGGCGAAUGCUCCCGGUGCACCGCAGCCACCGCACCGGAGCGCACGACGAACUCCGUGCGCGCAGGCGCCUGUCCGCGCCGCUGAUCCUCAAAGCGGCGCCGGAUCUGAUCAGUAG